AUGGCUGGCAGAGGCAGCGUCAGGCCUUUUGUCAACUUCGACGCCAAGAAGGAUGCCGAGCUCCUCCGCAAGGCCAUGAAGGGAAUCGGCACUGACGAAGAUGCCAUUCUGAUGCUUCUGGCUGCUCGUAGCAAUGAUCAACGGCAGCAAAUUAAGUCGGUUUACAAGAAGGCCUACGGAAAGGAUUUGGUCAGUGCACUCAAAUCGGAGCUGGGCGGGCUCUUUGAAGGUAUUAUCGUGGCCCUGAUGACCCCACCAACCUCCUACGAUGCUUCUCAGUUGCAGAAGGCGCUGAAGGGUGCUGGGACUGAUGACAAUGUGCUCAUUGAAAUUCUGGCAUCCCGGACGGGGGAGCAGAUUAAGGACAUCAUCAAGGUCUAUAAAAAAGAUUGUGGUGGAAAGCUGGAGAAAGAUAUCUGUGGUGACACCUCAGGGCACUACCAGAGACUACUGGUGAUCCUGCUGCAGGGGAGCCGAGAGACAGACAUAGACGAGUCAAAGAUUGAGAAAGACGCCAAGGAUUUAUAUGCAGCCGGUGAAGGCAAGUUUGGCACAGAUGAGGAUGAGUUCAUUACAAUUCUUGGCAACAGGAGCACAGAGCAUCUCAGAAAAGUGUUUGAUGCCUACAGGAAGCUGUCUGGCUCUGAUAUUGAGGACAGCAUUAAAAGCGAGACCACUGGCAACUUGGAGAAAUUGCUGCUCGCUGUCGUGAAGUGUGCCCAGAGCGUGCCAGGCUAUUUUGCAGAAGCCCUGUAUGGAUCGAUGAGGCGAGCUGGAACCGACGAUGAGACGCUGAUGAGGAUCAUGGUGUCAAGGAGCGAGGUGGACAUGUUGGACAUCAGAGCCAGCUAUAAAAAGACGUAUGGAGUCUCCCUUUACAGCACGAUCCAGGAGGACACGACCGGAGACUACCAGAAGACUCUGCUGUAUCUCUGUGGUGGCGAUGAUUAAUGGCAACGCGGCCUUACGGGGGCGCUGGGAGAUGAUCGGUGACAGCGGGGGAGGAGGUUAUUGAUCCGGAGCCGUUUCUCUGACAUGAGUUUGCUGUUGAUUGGAUUCGUGUGAAUUACCUGAUUCUGAUUUUUGACUCAUGGAGUUGUUUGUUUCAGCAGGUUCAGGGAGAGCCGUUACAAACGUGUUCGGUAACACUUUAGUAUGGGGAACAUAUACACCAUUAAUUAGGUGCUUAUUAGCAUGCAAAUUAGCAACAUAUUGGCUCUUAAUUGGUCAUUAUUACGUACUCAUUAAUGCCUUAUUCUGCAUGGCCUUAUUAUACAACCAGUAAGCCAUUAACUAUGAUUUUCCCUCUAUAACCUCAGAAUUAUUGCUUAUUAGUAGUACCAUCUCAAUAUGCUUUGCUUAGUAUGGCCUUUAUAAGGUGGUAGUACCACAAGAAGAGUUAUUCUCCCUUACUAACACUUAAUGAAUAUGGUCUGUUCUUACAUAACAACACACAAAACUACAAGUGUUCAUAGUGUUACAUUACUCUAAAUUAAGUUUUUGUUACUUAGAAUAUGUUCCCCAUACUAAAGUGACAUCUUGAUCAUUACUAAUUCACUAGUAAUUAAGUUUUUUUACUUAGAAUAUGUUCCCCAUACUAAAGUGUUACCACGUGUUCUGUCUGAAGCCUUUGUGUCACGCUGUUCCUUUAACCUUAACCGCAUUGCAGUGUAAAUUGUGUGUAUUUAGCAGGCACCUUUAUCCAAAGAGACCAGAGAGUCAGCAGUUAUCGGAUAAACCACACCAUUAUGGAGCAGUGGAGGGUAAUGUGCUUAUUAUACAGUAUGCAGCUGGAAAAUAAAAGGGCUUUCAGCCAACAUGCAGCUGGAGAUGAACUGAGACAUCGACCGUUGGAGAUGAAACACACUGUAUUGUUAUUAUUACCA